UGGCGCCAGCCGAGGCGGCGCGAGUGAGGGCCGCGCCGGCUCGGCACGCCUGUGGUGACAACAUCGGCCAUGCAGGCCGGGGAGGGCCUCUUCUCGCCCAAGUCGGGCCGCCGGCUCGCGGCCAAGACGCCCGAGAAGAGGCAGCCGGAGAGCGCGCCGGACGACGCCCAGGCGGCUCAGCUGGAGCGGACGCGGCCCGACAAGGCGACCUUGACCCGGCCCGAGGAGGACCGCCGCCGGCGCACCAUCCUCAUCGAGAAGCUGCAGGGCUCCUUCGGCUUCACCAUCCAGAGCUACGGUAUCCAGUACCGUCGCGACACCGAGGUGGAGAUCAUCACCUACAUUGAUCACGUCGAGCAGGGCGGACCCGCCGCCAAGGCCGGCAUGCGCGAGGGUGAUGUCAUCCUCUGCAUCAACGGUCAGGACAUGGAGCAAUACGACCACCAAGCUCUGGUGGGUUUCAUCAAGCAGUGCCCAGACCGGUUACGAAUGGUCGUCUUGUUCGAGGACUGCGUGAGGAAGGUGAGCCUGCACAUGCGGUACAUCCAGCUGCAGCGGCAGCUCACCGACAGGAUGUACGCGCUCGAGCAGCUCUGCGAACAGGAGAAACACUUCAUCGCCAGUCUGCGGGCGCAGGGCCGCCGCGUGCCCGCCUUCUAUCCGGCGCAGGCGGGCUACGGCGGCCGGGCGUCGGCGUCGCAGCUGCCGCACGGUCCGCCGCCCAGCUACGCCGAGGCCCUGCUGCUCGACGGCGGCUUCCCGGCGCUGCACCGGGCGCGCGCCAAGGCCGCCAAGUCCGCCGAGAGCCUGCUGGCACCCGGCUCCGAGUUCGACACGAGCUGCUUCAGCUGCGACUGUCUGCGCACGUUCCCGGGCGAGCCACGCAGGCCCUUUACCAAGCCCAAUGUGGACUCGAUCCGGAGAGAGAAGCGGCGCUCCAGUCUGAAGCUGGGCCGCAGGGGCUCGCGCUCGGCGCUCGUGCCGGGGGACGACUCGAGCGAGCGCUCAGAGCGCGUCUGA